GUGGGGAGGGGCCGCGGCCGCGGGGUGUCCCCGCACCAGCACGAGGUGAGUCCGGCCGGGCGGGGGCGCGGGCGGAGGGAGGCGACCUGCCGGGCACUGACCCCGCUCCUGCUUUUGUUCCGCUCCAGCCGCAGCGGAGGGCGCGGGCUGCGAUGGACGGGGAGAGCGAGGUGGACUUCCCGCCCCGCAGCCUGCCGCCCUUGUGGAAGCGGCGCUCGGCCCCCGCGCCCCAGCUCCGGGCCAAGAGCAGACCUCGCCCCCAGUCCUACCAGAGCCCCAGCGGGGUCCUCGUCACCGACUUCCCCGUGGAAGAGCUUGCCGUGCCCCCCCCGGACGGCCGCGUCGCCCCCCGCAGCCCCCUGGUGCUUCAGUCGGCGGUGGGAUCGCGGGCUGCCGCCGAGCCCAGAGCCCAGCCCCCCGGCCCUCCCUCCGGCCCGCCCGCUCAGGUGCUGAAGCUGGUUUCGACUCAUUCCCUGAGUUUCAGGCCUCACGGUGCCCUGAGCGCCCGGGACAGCCCAGGGCUGCGUCCGCCGCGGAGCUCCAGGCAGCCAGCACUAGUCCCAGGGCAGGACCAGACUGUCUUACCGCCCAGCCCGGGGUCCUCGCCUGCUGGAAAUGUCCCUUCCCCGAAUAACAACGGGUCAGCGAGUGUACCGGUCCAACGUGACCAGGUUUCUCAAAGAACAGGAAAGUCACCCCCGGGGCCUUCCUUGGUGUCCCAGACAGCUCCUCCAGAGCAAAGCUCCACACUCCAAAGACUGCCGUCUGAUGAGACCCAGGGCUCAGAGCAGCCCUCCGUAGUUCUGAGUACAAACAGUCCUGCAGCUCUCAAGGUGGGCAGGCAGCAGAUCAUUCCUAAGAGUUUGGCCUCGGAAAUAAAAGUGACCAACAAAUUCAGUAACCCAAACCUGGAGCCAGACAAGAGAGUUGUGAAGGUUCGCAGCAUGGUGGAGGACCUUAACGUGCCUUUGGUAGCCGCUGGCGAUGAAGAAACGGAAGGUGACUUGGAUAGUCUAGGAACGCUGAGACGAGGGUUGAGAUCUACUUCCUACCGCAGGGCAGUAGUGAGCGGCGUUGACUUUGACAGUUCUACAAAUUUUAAGAAAAAAAACAGAAUGUCCCAGCCUCUACUCAAAGCAGUGGUGGAAGAUAAGGAGAAGUUUUCAAGCUUAGGAAGAAUAAAGAAGAAAAUGCUGAAAGGACAAGGGACUUUUGAUGGGGAAGAAAAUGCUGUACUGUAUCAGAACUACAAAGAAAAAGCUUUGGACAUAGAUUCAGAUGAAGAUUCUGAGCCUAAAGAACAGAAAACAGAUGAAAAGAUUGUUGUUCAGUAUAAACCUCUGAGAUCAACGUGGAGUCAGCUGUCUGUGGUUAAAAGGAAUGGAUUGUCUCAAACAAUCAGCCAGGAAGAAAGGAAGAGGCAAGAGGCUAUAUUUGAAGUAAUAUCUUCUGAACAUUCAUACUUGCUGAGUUUGGAGAUUCUGAUCCGGAUGUUUAAAAAUUCCAAAGAACUGAGUUUCACAAUGACUAAAACAGAAAGCCAUCACCUUUUCUCCAAUAUUUCUGAUGUCUGUGAAGCAAGCAAAAAGUUCUUUAAAGAACUUGAAAUGAGGCAUCAGAACAACAUCUUCAUAGAUGACAUCAGUGACAUUGUUGAAAAGCAUACAACAUCAACCUUUGACCCAUAUGUGAAAUAUUGCACUAAUGAGGUCUACCAGCAGCGAACACUCCAGAAACUAUUAGCUACAAAUCCAACAUUCAAAGAAGUGCUGUCACGGAUCGAAUCCCAUGAAGACUGCAGGAAUUUACCGAUGAUCUCUUUCCUCAUUCUCCCAAUGCAGAGGGUUACACGCCUUCCAUUACUGAUGGAUACUAUUUGUCAGAAAACCCCCAAAGACUCACCAAAAUAUGAGGACUGCAAACGAGCUUUGAAAGAAGUAAGCAAGUUGGUCCGUUUAUGUAAUGAGGGUGCUCGGAAAAUGGAGAGGACAGAAAUGAUGUACACAAUUAACUCACAGCUGGAAUUUAAAAUCAAGCCAUUUCCAUUGGUCUCCUCUUCCCGAUGGUUAGUGAAAAGGGGUGAGCUAACAGCAUAUGUAGAAGAUACUGGACUUUUUUCUAAAAGAACCUCCAAGCAGCAGGUGUACUUCUUCCUCUUUAAUGAUGUCCUCAUCAUCACAAAGAAGAAGAGUGAAGAGAGCUACAGUGUUACGGCCUAUUCCUUAAGGGACCAGCUGUUGGUUGAACAGUGUGACAACGAAGAACUGAAUUCCUCUCCUGUAAAAACCAGUUCAACUAUGUUGUAUUCACGGCAGAACUCUGCAAGUCACCUCUUCAGAUUAACUAUCCUUAGUAAUCAUGCAGGAGAAAAGAUGGAGAUGCUACUUGGGACUGAGAGUCAGAGUGAAAGAGCUCGCUGGAUUACUACACUUGGACAGAACAGCGACAGACAGAGCACAGACAGGACAACAUUGACUCAGGUGGAGAUCAUCAGAACUUACACUGCAAAGCAGUCAGAUGAACUAUCCCUUCAGGUUGCUGAUGUGGUUCUAGUUUAUCAAAAAGUGAAUGAUGGCUGGUAUGAAGGUGAACGACUGCGAGAUGGUGAGCGAGGUUGGUUUCCGAUGGAAUGUGCCAAGGAGAUCACUUGUCAAGCCACAAUUGACAAGAACAUGGAGCGGAUGGGGCGUUUGCUUGGAAUUGAAACAAAUGUAUAGAGUCUCAGAGAUCUGUUUUUUACACUGCCAUUUCUUAACUGCAGGAUUUGCACUAUAUGCUGUCAAUGAUGGCUUGCUUUUGUGCUGGUUGCUAUACUACAGUGGGCAUAUGGAAGAUGUGGUUGUAGACUUACAACAUCAGUGAGGAAAAGGCAUGCAGAAACAAGUCAGCAGUUCCUUGCAUGCAUCCCAAAUCAGUUGUGAAAAUCCCUGAAAAUAAAUUAACUUCUGAAGACACAGUAAAAAAAUAGAUAUGAUUCUUUAUAUAGUUGUUUCCUCCUACUUUUAUGGUAUAAGGGAGCUCCUAAAUGAAUCCUGCCCUGACUCAACAUCUAAAUUGAUACUAAUCAGGACUGACAUCCUAGGCUCUGGAGACUAGUUUUGACUUCACUUUCCAUUUAACCACUUUUACACACUCUUCCCUGACUUUCUCUAGCCACACACAUACACUCUCCAGGCUCUCUCUCUCUUAUUCAUUGCAAUUAUUAAAAACAAUUUUCACCUUAGCUUUCUCUGCCUAGCUCUAACACCAGCCCCUCCCAACAGACUAAACCACCAGCAAGCAGUGGUGACAGCUCAGUAUUUAGGCUUGUCAUGCCUCAUUGAAAAGCUGCAAUGCAGCAAUCCUGGCCUCAGAAGGUGCUGUUUGGAGGAUCAUAUAGCAGCUUUCAAGUCCCUAAUCUAACCAUAAUAAGAUUGAUGAGUAUAUGCUGUAUAAGGACUUGGGUUUUGCUAAUGUCUUUGCCCCUUUUUUUGGUGAGUCCAUUCACUCUCUCUGCAUAUGUGUGUGUGAAGAGUUUCCAUUACAUUAGAUUAUUUUUUGUGUUAAUCCUUUGAAACUACAGACUUUUGAGCACUUUGAGCUUUGAACUCUUUCCUACAAUGGCUGGUUAAUUCACACAAAGCAUGCCUUUAUUUUAAAAAAAAGAAAAUGUUCUUUAACUUUUAAAGCAAUAAUUAAGUCACCUCUCUUCAAGAUAGCAAAACUGAUACAUUUUCCAGGAACUUUAGGGGGAAAAUCCAGACUGGUUCUGGGGGUGGUUCUUUUUUCCUGGUGAUAGUAGAAUGUUAUCUAGUCAAGCAGUUCCCAUUUUGUGUCCUCCUAGUGUUACAGCAGUGUUGGGAAGGAUUUUUCAAAAGUGGGGGUACCUGGGCACGGGAAAGCAGUGUCCAGCAGCAACAUGGAAUUUAUAGAUGGUGGCAGUAGCUGCACGCAAACGCCCCAUGCUGCCGGCUUCACGUCUGGCCAUCCGUCAGCAGCCCCCACCCCGCCACUCCCCGGCUGGCUGUCAGCACUCCCCCUGCACUUCCCCUCCACAUCUGGCAGGGGUACCCCCCAGAAGGGGUACCCUGUUUUACAAAGGUUGAAAACCCCUGUGUAGUUAAUGCUGAGGUGCCUGUGUUAGGCAGAGGGGAGGGGGAAUAAUUGCCUACAAGUUUCUGCUGCGCUUCAGCCAGGGAGCAGAGGGGAGGGGCCAGCUCUGCUGUGGAGUAGAGAGCCUGCCCAGCCCAGAGAGCAUACCAGGAUGCUGGAGGUGUCUGGUUGGUCUUAAACCAGCAAGGGGUCAGGGACAGACAUUGCAUAAGCUGGUUUGAGCCAAAUCAGUUAAGUCUGAUACUAUAUUCAACCAGGUUUAUCUCAAACCAAUUUCAGCCAUUUUCAGACUGGUUUAUGUACAGUGAACAUCUGUUAUGUUACAGGUUUAAACCAUUUUCUGAUCACUUAAACCGGUUUAUGUGUAAUGCCUGUCCCUAGUCUUAAUCAUGCUGGGGAAAAGGAGACAGUUUGGUGCUGAGGAAAAUUUUCCAGGGAGUUUCUCUAGCCUCACCCGGCUAAGUUUUGUGUUGUUUAGUUCCCCAUUCUAAAAUGUGAUCUGCUGCCAUUAGAUGCUUCAAGGUACAUAUACGAAAGUGGGAGAGGAACGAUGUAUAAUUAAGUCCAUAGGCUCCACUUUAAAUGGUUCAGGUUGGUUCACACAUGUUCUUGCAUUAGAAAAGCAUCAGUCAUAAUUGCACUGCAAGGCUCACCAGCUGAAUUUUCACAGAAUUUCACAAGAGAAGCAACCAUUUAAUGUUGUGUAAUCAAGAUGUACCUGUACAUAGGAGAUAAUUCUCAGUACGUCUUUUGUGUGAAUAGGUCUGACAGUUUGCACAAGAUGCUACUGCGCAGUAGUGUUGGUGGGCACUAACCAUGAUGCAACGCUACUGUGCAGUAGCAUCUGAAAAAAAAGUGUGUGGGGACGCUACGUGCAGUAACACCAGUGCAAGUACUAAAUGACUGUGCAAUAACAAGUGCACAGUCUGCCACUCAAGUAGACACAGCCCAUAUGUAUUCAAAAUAGCUUCAUUGUUUUAAGGCAUAGCUGAUCACUCAGCAGAGUUGAAUAAAUGUUAACAUAAAAAUGAGGCAAAAACAAGAUUUUUGGCUUGUAAUAUUUUCAGUCCAUUUUUGAGACCUGCACAUUGUAAAAUAUAUAUUGUAAAAUGUUUGGAAUUUGAUUUGUGAAUGAAUAUAAUGUUUCUAAUGUAUCUGUAAUGAUUAACCUUAAAGGUUAACUAGUAAAGCAGUUGUUUUCCAUAAAACACUGUGAGUACCACACUGAUCUUAGCAGUCUGACAAAUGGUUAUACAACCUGUGAAUUAAUUUAUAAAUGGACUGAUGAAGUGGUAAUGAGAAUAUUGUAAACUUUAUAAAUUGGACAAAGUUUUAUUUAACAUAGUAAAAAUACUGCUAAUAUUUUAACAACAGAAUUUACUGUAUGAAGGCAUAUGGUUAACAUGGUAACUGAAUGUAAAUCCAGAUAUUAAUUUUUAUCCAGGUUUUUUAAUGCAUUGUAAAUAUGUUCAUGCCUACUUUUUGCAAAAUACUUUAAAGUUUUAUAAAUGUAUUUUCCAGUUUUCCUUUUAUGCAGAAAAUAAAGACCAGUGUUCUUAAAGUCAACAAUCAAUAAAACAUCUUUAAAUCCUUUAAUAAAAGAUUAAAAG